GAAAGGACCAAAAGGUUGAACAAAAGAAUAAAGAAAAGGAGAGGAAGUCGGUUGAGAGAGGAAGAAAGAAAUGAAGAGAAAAAGGGAGAGAAAAACCGUGGGAGAGGAAGAGAAAAGGAAUGAAAAUUCUGCUCUUUUUUUUGGCACAGUUUUGUUGCACUUUGAGGGAGGAAAAGAAAGCUUUUUGUUGCAAUUUUUGGAGGAAGAAAAAGCUGAAAUUUUUGAGCUGGAAAUUUUGGAGGUUUUGCUGCCAUUAAAGGGCAGCAAAGUGCUGCCAAUUUGUGGAGAAAAAUUGGAGCUAUUUGCUGCCAAUUUGUGCAGAAAAAUUGGAGCUAUUUGUGCAGAAAAAUUGGAGCUGUUUGUGCAGGAAAAAUUGGAGCUGUUUGCGCAGAAAAAUUGGAGCUGUUUGCUGCCAAUUUUUGCAAAAAAAUUGGACAGCAUUGUGCUGCCAAUUUGAGGGAGAAAAAGCAGCUUGGUGCUGCCAAAUUUUUGAGGAAAAGAGAGCUGAAAGUGCUGCCACCGGAGGAGGAAGAAAACGACCCAAGGAAGAGAGGAAGCCAUGGUGGUGAAGAGAGGAAGACAUGGUGGUGAAGGGAGUGACGGUGAAAGAGAGAAAAAAAAAGAAAAAGAAAAGAAAUAGAAAAUAAAAAUGGGCAUGACCCAAAUAGAAAAUAAAUGGGCAUGACCCAAUAGAAAAUAAGUGGGCAUGGCCCAAUAGAAAAUAAAAAAAUAAAUAGGUUUGGCCCAAAUAGGAAAAAUGGAGAAGCCCAUGGAGAAGGCCCAAUGGUAAGUUAAUUUUAUAUUUUAAGAUUUAUGGGUAGUUUAAUAUUGUGCAUAUUUUGGAUGAAAAAUAUGCAAGUUGCUUAAGGAAUUUUUAAUUAAGUUGCUACCCAUAUAAAUGUGUGAUUAAGUAUACUAAGUUUAAAUUGUUG